AUGGCUGAGGUCCAAAGCCAGGAGCUGAUACAAGGGCGCAUAGUGGGGGGAUAUGCCCCUGCACCCCAUUCCAUCAAAUACAUUGUAUCAAUACAGUCAACUAGAGGACAACACUUUUGUGGAGGAUCCUUGAUAAAUACAUACUGGGUGCUCACAGCAGCACAUUGUACUAUAGGGGUGGAACAAAUUAUGAUAGUAGCAGGAGACUAUUCAGUAAGCAUGUAUGAAGGGACUGAACAGUUCUUCAUACCCCAGCUCUUAAUACCCCACCCCCAGUACAACAAGAUUACGAACAACGCAGAUAUUAUGCUUAUCAAGCUGAAAGCUCCAGUGUACCUGAAUAGCUAUGUGUCCAUCGCUCCGCUGCCCCGCCAGAGUGCCUCGGUGGCAGAGGGGCGGUUGUGCAGGGUGUCAGGCUGGGGGUUCACCAGCUCUAGUGGGGGACAGAUACCCUCCUCCCUGCGCACAGUCAAACUUCCCAUCAUCUCCACAGCCAAAUGCAACAGCAGUGAGUCUUUCAAUGGGAACAUCACAUCCAACAUGAUCUGUGCAGGCUACAGCGCUGGCAGACAGGAUGCGUGUAAGGGAGAUUCUGGGGGCCCACUGGUGUGUGAAGGUCGGAUCUAUGGCGUGGUUUCCUGGGGGAUGGGCUGUGCCGAUGCCAAGUACCCAGGAGUCUACACUGCUGUGUCAAAGUAUCGCAGGUGGAUAGACCGGAUCAUGUUCAGCUACUACGGACGCUGCAGCAAGUAUUAGAAUCAAGUGUUUCUGUCUGAAACACUACCCUUAUCUUGAACUUGGAAACAUUUCAGAGAGCUUGAUGUGAAACACGUCCAAUAUUGGGGAUAAAAAGUCUCCCAGUGUCAUGUAGCUUUUCAUUACUUUUACUUUUUUAUAAAACAUCGAUAGAAACAUGGACCAUUCCCAACAUGUUCUUGCAGUACAGUAUGUUGCUACUUGUAGUCCCCUAGCAAUGCUAUUCCACAAAGCAACAUGACGAACAACUGAUAAAAUAUGAAUCAUGUCAACAAUAAAACAUUUAUUUAACAAGAGAUGUAAUGCCAAGUUAACAUGGUUUAGUUUAUAUGAACACCAGUGUUAUCAACCAGACACAAAUGCAUAGAGCAUAAACUUGAAUGAAGCAACUUCAAGUCUGAGAGGUGAGUGCAUGUAUAUUUAGACUACAUAGAAUAGUUAAAUAAUUGUGAAUUUGUGAGUGUGUUAUAAAAAACCGAAGUGAACUGUAUGUUUUCCUUGUUUUAUAUAAUGCAUC